CUCCCUCGGGCUAUGAGUUGUAAUAUUGUAAUGGCGGCUGUAAAGAGUUAGUCGAGGGAUGGAUUGGACGAGUUUAGGAGCAGUUUUCUGCUGUUUGCGGCGCUACCACGUACAGAGGAAUGUCAGGGAAAGAGACGAGCCAUGUUUUGUUCAGCUAGACACGUCACAUAUGGGGAAUGAAGUUGUUAUUGUGAAAUCAGGUCGACGAAUUUGUGGGUCAGGCGCUGCGUUUGCAAAUGCUCCAAUUUUACAGAACAAAUGCUAUUUUGAGGCAAAAGUACAGUCUGGAGGCGUCUGGGGAAUUGGAGUUGCAACAAAAAGUUGUGAUGUUAAUAAAGUUCCUCUGGGUACGACACCAGAGAGCUGGGUACUACGAUCAGAUGGUACAGUAGCACAUAAUGGAAAGAUAUACCACAGAAUAACAAGCAUCCCAGAGGAAGGAGAUAUGCUGGCAUGUACAUUUGAUCAUGUUGAAGUUAACUUCUACCACAAGGGCAAGCAUCUUCACUGUCCUCUUACAGGAUUCAAAGAGACUGUGUAUCCUAUCAUAUACGUGGACGAUGGGACCAUCGUGGAUGUCAAUUUUAAGGACUUUGUUUAUCAACCUCCUGAUGGCUUUAGUGCUAUUAUGUUUGAGAAAUCACUUCUUUGAUAACAAGAGGGUUUUUUAGAUUGAAUUUCAAUUAUUUUAAAUUUUAUAAAAUAGUGAGUUCGCACCUAUCAGGCACAAGCUGAUAUGCAAUCUGAGGCCAUAGCUAGAAAUGUUGUUGUACGUCAUUUUGUCUGAUAUGUCUUUUGGGGAGGAGAGAGAGGUUGGUCUUUCCCCACUGGUUACCAGGUACAUGCCCAGGAAUUGCUGGGGGGAGGGGUAUGCAGUCAUAGGUAUCAUAUGGGGGGGGGGGAAGAGGGAUGCACAGGGUAAACUUUCGAAAUGUGCGUAUUGUCAAUUCGUCUCUAGGAAGUUCAUGUUUUUUAAUCUGUUAUGGACCUAUUCUCCUAAAAAUAUACUUUGAUUGACAAUGUCAAGAUAAGAUUUUGAACAAUUUAGUUGCAAAUGCUAUCAUUAAGUCACUAACUUUAAUCCAUCAUUUCAGUUGGGAUUUAAAUUGGCUCAAAUUUUAUAAAUCCUAAAUUAAAGGUGGCUCAAAUAUAUUUCUAUUAUCAAAAAAAUACAAUAAAAUUUCUAAGAUACAUGCAAACUAACUUUAUGAAAUUAUUUUUACUGUACAGAAGUUAGGUAUUCUGCUUUUGUAGAUUUAACCGGAAGUGUUUUUUAAUUCAUCACAGUAGCAUGUACAUUUGCAAUAUGGAAAAAAAUUCCAAAAUUUCCAAAUAAAACCAAAUGAGAACUGUCAAGCUUUUGUGUAAGUAUUAAAUAUUUAGGGGAUUGUUCUGCUUUAGGUUUUGGAUUGGCUUUGAGGUAGAAGAGCAACUUUAUUGUGCUUUACACAUUCUACCACUUUAGUGUUAUAUACUGUACAUUACUAGCAAUGAUUAGAGUGAUUUUCACAAACCCUCUAACUAAACUUUAGCGUAUUACAAUUGUGAUCUGAUUCUAUUAUUCUCAUUUGUGUUUUACUGACUAUUGCCCUUAACUACCACACUUUGUUUCAUGAGUUAAUGAAAACCACUAUCAUAACCUCUACUCUAGAGUGUUGAGCCCUAAUUAAAACCUUGAUAAUGGACACCCUCACUUUAACGAGGCACUCAAGAAUACCCUGUCCUGGUUCUGUAACACUUAGCCAUAGCUUACGUGCAGACGUUUGUGUUUUGUCAAAGAAAAAACCCUGAAAGGUUUGCAUCUUAGAUUGGCCCAUUUCAGUCGCUUCCAAUCCAAGAUGCCUUUCAAAUAUAUAAUAUUGUUGGCUUUUCUUUGAUAACAAAACACUUAUAGCCUGCUUACAGGCUAGUAUGGUAAUAAUAGGAAACAUCAGCACAGAAUACAGUUAUGUAAAACAUGGCAAGUUUAUUCUAGGAGAGAUGAUAAUAAAAUACAAUGAUAAAAUGA